AUGUCAUCUCGCACGUCACUGUCAGCUUGCGCCCAGUUAGCAGGACCGGCCAGCUUUCGCACUUCAGCUUGUCGACAGGUGCGACUGGCUUCGAGCUUGCACGUUUCCUACCAGCUACAUCCUACCAAGAAGAAUGCCAAUGGUGCACUGCUCUCACGAGUCUCGGGACCGACGGACAAACCUCUUUGCGAGCUUUCACUGAGCCAAUUCUGGAAGCAAGCGGUGCAAAAUUACGCUGAUCGACCCGCACUGAUUUCAAAACAUGAGCCAGCCACACAGCAUGGCAAAGCAGCGGCCGAUGCGGGCGACUGCAUUCGUUGGUCGUACGGUGCCAUGAACGAGCACGUGCAGAGCCUUGUCGCUGGACUACACCAGCUAGGCGUACGAAAAGGAGAUCGCGUUGCCAUACUCAUGAUGAAUUGUUCCGCAUAUGGGGCUUUGCAGUGGGCUUGUGCUCAGAUCGGAGCCGUGCUGGUCACUCUGAAUCCUGCCUACGGCACGUCCGAGCUUCGACGGGCUAUAGACCUUGUUGAGGCCACUACUCUGUUUAUUGUACCCUCCCUUCGUGGAACAAACUACCUCGACUCGCUCCUCGAACUUCUUCCGUCUCUGUCGAGCACUGCCUCCACCUCUGGUGAUCCAACUAUUCUACAAGAUGAGUCGCUGCCAAGCUUGAAGCGCAUCGUGAUGCUAGACAAUCUCGACAAUAGACCUAGAAACUGGGAAAGCAAUAGUGUGCUGGCACAGCAAGGCAAGAGCUUCACUGACGCCAUGUCGGCGCUGAAACACCGUGCCAUCGAUUACCGUGACCUUCUAAUUUCUCCCAAGUCUCAUGCUGCUACAUCGGACGUGCUCAACACAGACGUUAUUAAUUUGCAGCUCACCUCUGGAACCACAGGCAAGCCCAAGGCUGUAGCACUCACGUCUCGAAAUCUCCUCAAUAACGGGAUCGCAAUCGGUGACAAUCUCAGAUUCACCGAGGCAGAUAAGCUGUGCAACAUUCCGCCACUAUUCCACUGCUUUGGUUUAGUGCUUGGAAAUCUGGCCGCUUGGACUCAUGGAGCUUCGAUUGUCUACGCUGCUGAGGGCUUUGAUCCUCUGCGGUCUCUGCGUGCUGUUUCUGAAGAGCGCUGCACCGCCUUGCACGGUGUACCUACCCAUUUCAUCGCUGAAUUGGAGCUCCUCGAAUCGGCCAGGGAGCAUGCACAAGAUCCGGCGCGCUACCCAUUACCCAAGGGCAUGCAGCAGAAUGAAGCUUUCGACUUUUCUUCUUUGCGAACCGGUCUUACAAGCGGUUCCACGGUUCCCAUUGCGCUUAUGGAAGCUCUGGUAAGCCCAGGCAAGCUGGGUCUGCGAGAUCAAACGGUGGUCUAUGGCAUGACCGAGACGUCUCCGGUCACUUUCGGAUGCGAUGUCGACGCACCCAUCGUAAGGAGAUGCGAGACUGUUGGCCGAGUCUAUCCACAUGUGCAUGCUAAAAUUGUCUCUCCUGAUGACCCACUGGGCCAGCCCCUACCGGUCGGCCAACCUGGGGAGCUCUGCACCGCCGGAUACGUCGUGAUGCAAGGCUAUUGGAAAGAUCCACAAAGGACAGACGAAGCCUUGGAGCGACAUCCAGAUGAGCCCGAAAUUGUGUGGAUGCGAACUGGCGACAUCGCUAUCAUGGACGAGGAGGGCUACGUACGCAUCGUUGGCCGAUCCAAGGAUGUGAUCAUCCGUGGAGGCGAAAAUCUCUUCCCUCCGAACAUUGAAAACUGCAUUGAUCGCAUGGAAGGAAUCGCCACAAACGCUGUCAUCGCUGUGCCAGAUGAGAAAUACGGAGAAGCUGUGGGUGUUUUUGUGGCAAGAUCGCAUGCAGAGGCACCCGUCACACCAGCAAAGAUACGUGCCUACGUGAAAAAGCACGUUGGGGGACAGAGCGCACCAGCCUGGGUAUGGUUCCUGGGCGAGGAAGGUAUUCCUGCCGAGUUCCCCAAGACAGCCUCGGGCAAGAUCCAAAAGGUUGUUCUUCGCGACUGGGCCAAAGAUCUUGCCGCAAGGAAUCAGGGCAAAGUCGACAAAGUCUAG